AUGCGAAGGAGCACCAACAAGCAUGUGAGCUCGAAGACGCGCGGGAAGCUGAUAGAAGCGAAUCUCCUCGCGAGACGAUCUUGGGGAGGCGGUCUGGAUGCCGAGAAGGAGAAGGUGGAGUUGCAGGUGACCGGGGUGAACAGCGAGGGGGAGAGGAAGAGGAAAGAGCUUGAGAGACGCUUGUGGGAGACGAGGACGAGUCUGGACGAGUUAGAGGGAGCAAAGCACGAGCUGCUGGACGAGUCGAUGAGGAGCAUGGAGCACAUGCUGUCUGAGCUCGAGAAGAUCCGCUCCCAUGGCGACAGCAUGCGAGAGAGCAUCGAGAGGGCGAAGCUGCAGCUGGAGAAGGCGGACCAUCUCAAGGAGUUCUGCCUGCGGAACAACGAGAUGCUCAGGAGCGAGACGCUGGAGAUGCAGGUGGUGCAGGAAGAGGAAGGAGAAGGGGUCUCUCAAAGCAUAUCCAAGUACCUCCCCCAGGGGAUCGGCGUGUGCGCUGAAUGUAAGCCGAUGAAGCGCUCGCUGGAGUAUUGUAGGAUAGAGUCAGGACACACGGAGCAGGUAAGAGAGGAGGGCGAGAGGGAAAGGAUAGUCUACCUUCAUCAACGAUAUCGCGACCUCCUGCUGGCAAGGACGAGCCUGUUUGAUCGCUCGAAAGCUUCAUUUGCUGACGGGCUGUUGGAAAACUUCAGUUUGAAGCUGCAGAAGCUGGAGGACUUUGGCAUGUUUCAGAAUCAAGAUUGGAUGGACGAGAUUUCCAAGAAGAACAAUCACGUUGAGAACGGUUUCUACAAGAAAUCUUCAACAUUACAGCCGACUUUCGAUCGCGCCUACUCUUACUCCGGCAAGGGAUUGUUAGGCAACAUGAAAUGUGUUCCCAGGAAGCGUUUUUUCUUCACAUGCGGCAACUUGUUUGUGAUCCAAGAGUUUGAUCGAGCUGAACAACAAUGCUUCUCCCAGCACGACGACCUCAUCACUUCUUUCUCAGGUCAUCCUCGAGAGGACCCUUCCACCAUGGCGUCUGGUCAGAGCGGCGAGGGGAAAGUCUUCAUAUGGGACGUGGAUACCUUGCAGACUGUGGCGGAAUUGAGCACAACUCCCUCGGAGGAGAAGAAGAAGCAUGCGGUGUUGUGGCUCGACCUGCCCAAGGGAGUCCGAGCUCUCUCCUUCAACGUGCAGGGCGAUCACCUGGCAGUGCUGGGGGACGACGAGCAGCAGACCCUCCUGGUGUUCUCUUGCCAUGUCCGACACAAUCGGCGACCCUGGUCCCAGUGCGAGUGCAUCGCCAAGUGCUCUGCCUCGCAGCUCAAGGUUGUGGUGUGCGAGUACGACAGGUACAGCUCGAGGCUUGUGACGGGCGGGGUGAACCACCUGGCCAUCUGGUCGGUGAGGGCCGGGGCCCUGGAGCAGGAGAACGUGAGGAGCGGGCAUGAGGUGUCGGAGGAGACGCACGUGUCGAUCGGGUUCGUGGAGCGAGACCUGAUGCUGACGGGAACGAGCUCGGGGCUGAUCUUCGUGUGGCGAGGAUCGCGACUCCAUCGGAUCAUCUCAAACGCGCACGUGGGGCCCGUGCUGAGCAUCAGCUGCGAGGGAGCGAAGGUGACCACGGGAGGUCAGGACGAGAAGGUCUGCCUGUGGAACUUCGACCCUCUCUUCCGCAUCGCCAACCCCGGCAAGCUCAAGGACGGGGAGAUGCUGGUGGAGGAGCUCUUCCUCCCUCGCAUCAGCGGGUUUGACUCCACGAGGGAGGAGGAGGCAAGCGACUCGUUGGGGGCGAACCUCAGCAUCGGGAGCGUGUGCUCGGUCUCCUGGAACGUGAACCAGCUCUACUGCGGCACUUGGAACAACCACAUCCUCGUGCUGGACGUGGCCAGGAAGACAGUCGAGUUCUACGUGGCUGGACACCAUGGUGAAGCGAUGAGCGGGCUAGCGUUGGACCCUCAAACAGAGACGAUGGCAACGGUGGGGCAUGACGGAGUUAUCAUCGUCACUGACACGAGGAAGGGACGACCCAAGUGCGCUCUUAACCUCAACGCGAGUUCUUUCAAGGCAGAGAGGAGACAGAGGAGGAAGACCAAGAUCACCUGCGUUGACUUGCACCCGACGGGCUCCGUUGCUGUUGCUACGGAUGACGGGGUAAUCUUCGGGUUCAAGCUGGUGGAAGCGACUCAGUCAGCACUGGGGCUGGAGCAGAACCUGAUGUCGAAGUUGCUCCUCCGGCGAGACAGGCCAACUUCCAUCCGGUUCUCACCAACAGCAACGAGACUUGCUGUGGGCAUGCAGAGCGGGAGAGUGUGUGUCUACGACUUCGAUGACUUGGUGCAGCAAACGAUUGAUCCCGUGGUUUGCCUGGGGUUGCGACAGGCCGUGACCAACAUGGAUUGGAACCUUGAAGGCUCCAACAUCCGAUGCACAGACAUGUACAACAACCUGAGGAUGUACAACGCGCAUAACGGCAAUGAAAUCUUCAACCAGAAAUUGAAAUUCCGAGCGACGGUGAAGAGAAUGAGAGAAAGGGGCAGGUCCUCCAUGUCUCCGAUCGCUGUUAGCCUAACGGACUCGCUCCCAUACCUCGUGACGUCUGUCGACAAGCUCUUCGACGUCAGGGGUAGGCGGUCAGACGACCUCGAGUACGGGAACGCUCAGAUCUCAGUCGGCGAUGAGCUGCUGACUGUCAACGGGAUGGAGGUCCAGGACAUGAGAGCAGGGGAGCUGCAGCUGCUGCUGUACGGGAGCGUCUGCACCAGGGAGUGCUCGACUGACUGCGGGCAUGCCAACAUAACUCUAGAGCUCAUGAGAUCUGUCGAGCUGGAAAGAACGACUGGGAAGAUGGCAGAGGAGCAGGAGGUGAAGGAACAAGGACGGAAGAAGAUAGAAUGGAACUCCCUGUCGUGUCCUUUGAGCUGGGAAUGCUCGGACCUCUUCCUGCAAGAGGACGAGGCUUCAGCGCUCCGCUCUGUCACCUACCUGUCGGACAAGGAGACUGUGAUUGCUGGCAACGUGUAUGGAAACAUACAUGUUCUCACUAGAAAUGGUGGAGGCAUACAUGUUCUCAGAAGAGACGCGGGAGGGACAGGCGGCAAGGUAGCAGAAGAUUCACAGCAGACCAUUCAGUGCUCCGUCGAUUUCAUUGUUGCGCAUGCCGACAAAAAGAUCUUCGUCACAGCCUCUCGCACCUUCGAGCUCACAGUGCAAUGGAGGCUGGUGGCGGUGGAAGCGACAGCGCGUGUAGAGCAUGCAGACGAUGAGCUGGUGGCCAUGAGGGACGAGUACAGGGAGUGGUACGGGGCGUCCACGAAGGUGGUGGGUCAAAUCGCAUGGCAGAGGAGGGAGGAGGACAGUCUGCAACGUCAGCUGAGGUGGGUGCAGAGCAGCGUACCUGCCCCGAGCAAGGAGGCUCGCAGAGUUCGCAGCGAGUACGAGGUGAGGAUAGAGCAUGUGCUCGGGCAGGCGCGGGCGACGAGGAGGAGGGCGAUGGCGGUGCUGGCUAGCGGGGAGAUGCUCUAUCCUCUUGGUAUCUACUGCGUUGUGGAGAACUUGAUGGAGGAGGAGACGCGGCAGCGGCUGUUUGUCGGGCAUGUGAACUUGGUCACUACCCUGACGGUUCACCCGAACAAGCGGCUGGUGGCUAGCGGGGAUGCAGGACCGGUAGCUAAAGUCUGCGUGUGGGACGCGGAGGGUGCGGAGUGGGUUGACGGGGUGCUGACGUCGGAGAUGCUAGGUCUAUCAGGAUACUUCAGCUCUCCCAUCUCCUCCCUUGAGUUCUCGAGGGAUGGGAGGCUGCUGAUGAUCGCGGAGGAAGGAGGAGGAGGGGACGUGCUGAUCUUUGACUGGGAGCUUCAACCUGAGUCUCCCCUAGCACGAACUUCCCUCCCUCACGGCCCCCCCAUCGUCGCUUGUCACAUCCCUGACACCAACCUGAUCGUGUUGUGCUUUCACCGGGGCAACAAGCUCCUGCAGGUUCACGACCCGAGCGACGAGGACGCGAGCUCCUCGUGCUCCUUGUCCCUCACGUCGACGCGAGUCUCGGAUGGACAUCAUGCCUGGGCUCUGCUUCAAGUUGCCUCCCCGGGGCUGGAGGGGAACGUGGAGGAGGCAGGGCUGGCGUACCUGACGGCAGGACAGACGUGGAUGGAGGCGGUUGCGAGCGAGUGGUGGGCGAGCGGGACGACAGGAGGGGAGCUGCUGCUGUGGCAUAAGGAGGAGCUGGUGCAGUCGGAGAGGGCGCAUGAGGGCUGCUUGCUGGCUGUAGCGUCAAACUAUGAGUUCCGCAGCGGCUACUUCAAGACUGAAGGAGACGGGAAGGACUUGCAAGACUCGGGCGACAAGGGGACAGGGGAGAGAGUGUCGUGGAGGAGGGCGAGGCAGAACAAGGAGCUUGACGUGAAAGCUGACAGGGACCUCGUGGUGACGGUAGGAGCUGACGAGACCAUGCGAGUCUGGAAGCUGUCGGACAGCUUCGUGGUGGGAGGAAGGAGAUUCAAGAUCGACGAGCUGUACGCGCGGCUGAAGAUGCUGUCACAGAGCAUCCGGUCGCGUCUGAUUCUCAUCUCCACCAUCGACCUCUGGAUCAAGACCAUCCAAUCUCUUGACGUGUUCGAGCUUCUCAGUCAGAGCCACGUCAUCGGUCCUCAUGAGUGGUACCCGAUCCUUGAGAAGAACAAGAAGCUGGCGGAGACUUACGUUGACUUCUUCAACUUCAUGCUUGACGUCCAACGAGAGUGUUUCAUUGGAAAACACGAUCAAGACAAUGAGGGCGGAGAAACUUCAGUUAAAAUCCUCACCCAUCAGAAUGAAAUUUCAAGGUUGAAAAAGCUGCUCAGCGAGCAGAACUUUGCAAUACAGAAGAGCGUUGCCCUGGUUGAAGAAUUCAAGGUAGAUCAUCUCAAGAACAACCUGUCAUCGUCGGAUACUCUCCAACCUCAGUUCUUGAACUUCACUUCCUCUUCCGAGGUUGUGCUGGGGUAUCGUGACAUGUCAAUGUUCCACCUGAACCUCAAAGACGGCUGCUGGCGAACGAUCCAUCAGGGCUUCGCUGCCGACGUGACGCAGAUCAGAGCCUCUGUCGACGUCAACGAGAUGGUGACAGCUGGAAACUCUUCCCACGUGAACUUCUGGCGGGUUGACAACUACAAGCUGAGAAAGCACAAGCUCGAUCGAGUCGUGAGCAGCGUCGACACGUGCGAGAGCUUCACCGUCUGCGGCUGCGAGGAUGGCGCAAUGGUGUUCAUGCUGAAUGACAAGCAGAAGCUCACCUACACCAUCCAGCUGGGAAAGGAGAAGAUCCACCGGGUGAGGAUCAACAAGGCAGGCGACAUGCUGGCAGCAGCGGUUUCGCGCGAGGUUCUCAUCUGCAAUGUACAGAAGUUGAAGGGGGAGGGGGAGGGGGAGGAUGGAAAUGCCUCGCUCGCCUCCUCCUCCUCGAUCGUUGGACGUCUGUCAGGCCACACGUCUCAGGUCUCUGAGCUCGACUGGUCUGUCGACGGGGAGUGGCUCCGCUCAGUCUCGUUAGAAGCAGGAGAGCUCUUGUUCUGGGACGCUUUCAAGUGCCGCCGCCUCUCCCCCUUCCUCUCUCGCGAUGUUGAGUGGCUCAGCGCAAGCUGCUCCUUGGGAUGGCACGUGAUACCGGGGCACGAGCACACGUGGCUGGACGAGAAGCUGGUGAGCAAGCACCUCCGAGUGACGCGGGGGAUGCAGGUCACCCGCCAGCUGGUGGAGGAGGAGUCGAGAGCCGUGGUGGGAACGGUCUCGAGGUUGACGGGGGAGGACGUCUGCCUUGUGCAGUGGCACAACAAGGUGGCCAAGUCCUUCUGGCAGAUGGAGAAGGAAGCUGAGAACGAGGACAAGCGCAAACAGCUGCGGCUGCUGGACAACACCCGGGAAAACUACAUCCUGGUUACGGACUCUUGGAAGGACCAGGAGGAAGGAAUUCAGCUCGUGGGGUGCGGCGAUCGCAACGGGCAUGUUCUGAUCUUCGACUCUUCCCAGCACGCGUUUCCACGGCCCAUCCUCCAAGUGCAGGUACACUCCGGGCCAGUUUCUCAGCUCAGCUUCUCGAUGGAUGGGAGUCGUAUCUUCACCUACGGGGAGGACUCUUGCUUAACUGCCUGGCGGUUUCAAAAGCGAGCAGCUGGGGUGUGUCUUGCUGACUUCCUGCUGGACUGCUCGACAGGCAGCUCGAUCCACUUCUUCAAGAGGCUCAAGGAGCUGCCAGCCAUGCUGUUCCCGUCCGAUCGAGUGGGGGGCCGGGAGAGGAUGAAGCACGUGCUGAAGCUGGUGGAUCAGAUGCGGUCAGGAGUGAGAGGAGACUCGGACAGGUCGGUCGGAGUGAUCAUGUCGUUUGAUGAGAGGAUGGGGAUCGAGUUGUUCCAGCAGAGGAAGCAGCCGAGAGUGAUCGAGCAGAUAGCAGAGGAGCUCUUGUUGCUGUUCGACAUCCCCAGCAGAAGGGUCGAGUUCCAUGUUAUCGAUCGCAAGGUCUGCACUACCUUCCAGUUCAACCUCCUCCCGAGGUUCUCGCAGUCGGAGCCGUCGACGCAUCAAUGUCUUUCUCUGCUCCUGCAAGAGAUCAUAAACCCCUUCGUGCUCAAGAAGCGUCAGAGCAGCUUCAAGUACCUCCAGCAUGUCAUCCUUGCAAACAAAGUCGAAACCUUCAGAACCAGCGGGAACAAGCAGCUCCAGCAGCAGGUGGAGGAGCAGGACAGCAAGAGCGCAAACCUGAUAGCUCGCCUCCGGCGCUUCGAGCAAAGAUUUCGCAUCUACCACCGGAGAAUCUUCGAGGGCAUCCAGCCCACCAAGGUGACGCAGUCGAGGAGCGGACAGCAGCGGGUGAAGUUCAACGAGACGAUCAUGACAAGGGGAGAGCUGAAGCUGCUCUUCAACCUCCUCGACCAUGGGAACAGGAAAGUCAUUCGUGUGGACGACCUGCUGAAGGCCGUCAAGAACAACCCCGACCUUGCCAACAUCCUCAACGUGGCCACGGAGAGCAGUCAGAGCAUGAUAUUGAAGCGGAUCGAGUCAAAGUUGCCCAACUCCCCCAAGGAACUGAUGAGCAGGGAGAUCGACGCCAACGACUUCAUCAGCAUCUUCAAGGAGGAGAGAAGUAAGACGGAAGAGGAGCAGGAAGUGAAGAGGAUCGAAGGAGAUCGGUGGAGCAUCAGGAACAGAAUCCACCAGGCCCCAGGGACUCACCUGACCUCCCUCCUCGUCUCUCGCCCAUGGCGUGAGGCGAUUAGGAGGGAGAGGUCGCCCUCAGAGCUCUGGGAGCACGGCAUUCACUCCCUCACCAGCCUCAUGGCUGAUCGCAACACUAACAAGGAUGUUGAAGCUGGGGGAGGCGUCAAAGCUUCCCUGCAGUCCACCACUGACGAGGCCUUCAGACGGCACAUGAAGCAGUACGCGCCUGUCAAGACAGCAUUGGAAGUGUUUCAAGUGUUGGACGUCAACAGUCGAGGCUUCAUCACCUUCUCAUCCUUGUGCGACGCACUGCAAGCAGGGGAUGAUGCAGUCAAGCUGGGGAUAUUCAUCCUCGACUCGUUCCAAGCCUUCACCGCAAGGCUCUCUCGAUACCUGUUUGGAGAGGAGGAGAUCAGCGGCAGCCGCCCCAUCUCGCUCGAUCACUUCCUCGAGAGAUUCAGCGCAACUUCCAGAGACAAGCUCUCGGUCGUUGUCCCCUUCAGGCCUCCCAUGAAGCCUAGUAAGAUCUCAGCCUCCCUCACGCUCCACCUCUUCCAGGAGAUCCAGGGGGGCCUGGGCAGGAGCGUCAAGUUCGAAGAUCUCAUGCAGUAUGUGAAGAGCAACCGAACGUGCUCGGACGCCCUGGGGCUCACGGACUGGCUGAAGCAAGGCGAUGCUGCGGAGAGAGUUUCACUCCACAUUUUCGGGAGCAGCAGCGGCUGGAAGGAGAGGGAGCUGCUGCUAGAGGACUUCCUCGUAGCCUUCGCGCACGUGUCGAAAGACAAGCUCGGCGUUUCUCGCCCUUACAAGAUGCCGCGGUGGAAGCAGAGCCUCCCCAAAAUCUCCCUGCCCACCGCGAUGAAAGUGUUUGACAUGUGCUCGGACAAGCCCGCGCACUCCAUCUCCUUCGGGCAGCUCAUCGAGAGUCUGGAGAGAUACCCCAACAUGGUUGAGAUGAUGCAGCUGGGUGAGGUGAUGAAGGAGGAGGACAGGGCAGCCACUAUCUUUCAAUCCAUGUUCGGCUCCAAGGAGAUGGACUUCAGGAAGAGCAUCUCGUUUCAAGACUUCAUCCGCAUCUUUUCUUCGCAAGACAAACACGCUCUUGGCCUGUCCAAGGGCUUCAAGCGCAAGAGGAGGAGGGCGCGAGUGACCCUCCUGCCUGUGGACAUGGCGAGCAAGUGCUUCGAAGAGCUGGACGAGAGGAGAAGAGGCUUCAUAACUCAUAGCGAACUCAUCUCGAAGCUCUACGACAAGCCGCACCUCGCUAAGGCCCUCGGGUUGGCGAACAAGAUGUCCUUCAUGCCCCGGCAGCGCUUCUCCCUCUUCCUCUACGGCAUCUUCAACCCCGGCAAGAGCGAAGUGGCAGAGGCGCAGAAGUACUCCUCCCGGCACUUCGUCAAGACUCUCUCCGGCACCGACCUCGCCGGUCAGUCCAACGCCCUGCGCAACUGGAGGAAGCUCUUCCGCAGCCAACUCGAUCGCCCGAGGUGGACGCAGCUCGUGACUCGGCUCCUCAUCUUCAACCUCUCCCUCUUCUCCGUCAAGGGCAUCCGGAGGAUCCGCAACGCUGCUGUGCAGGCCGCCGAGCUGACCGUGCGCUUCAUGGAGGCGAUUGACUCACCCAGAGCAGUGCUGCACAAGGGGGACGGGGACAAAAUCGCUGCCGUGCUGUGCCAGGUGGUUUACAUUGCCAACUUCAACGGGCCCGUGCACGAGUCGCAGCUGGACCUCGCGGUCUCUCGAGUCAGGAGGCUGCUGGACUCGAUGAGGAGCAAGGGCUUGUCGGCUACUUGA